CAAAGGGCACUAUAACAAUUGUCAAAAGGAAGUGCAAAAAUGAAAGCGUUUCGAAGCGCGUAUUCAGCAGUGUUUCGGCCUGUGACCUUAAACCCUAACCUCUCUUCAAAUUUCCCACUCUCUCUCCUAAAACCCCACAACAUUCUCCCCUCUCUCUCUCCUCUCUGCUCAACAAACGAAAGGUUUCGAUCUCUGAAUUCAACCUCUUUUUCGUCAUCUUCAAUGGCGGACGCUGGAACUCCUGCUCCUUUCAAUGGUACCAUAGAAACUGAAUUCGGAACAUUUCGAACCCAACUCGAGGAAUCUGGCAAUUUGCGGGAAAAAAUUCGUAAUGUCGCCUUGCAAAUCGAGUCCGCUACUCGAGUUAUGCAUGCCAAUCUUCUUCUCGUCCAUCAAUCUCGUCCGAUAUCUGAGGUGUUAGAGAGGGCUAAGUCACAAAUUGACGUGCUUAAGGAGCAUUUUAAUCAGCUUGCUGAGAUUAUCCGAGAGUGCCUGGGUCAGUACUACAGGUACCAUAAUGAUUGGAAGAAUGAAACACAGACUGCAGUUUCGUUGCUUGCCUUUAUGCAUUGGUUAGAGACUGGAAAUCUCCUCAUGCAUCUUGAAGCACAAGAGAAGCUUGGAUUUGAGCUGAGGAGAAUGCCAUUUUGUAUUAAUUAUCUCUGGAAUAUGGUGGCGUGGUCUUUGCUAAACACCCGCUCGUUGAAUACGCCUGAUUUUGGUCUGGACGUCGAAGAUUAUCUAGUAGGAAUCUGUUUCAUGUCCAAUGAACUGCCUAGAUAUGUGGUCAAUAGAGUAACAUAUGGAGACUAUGAUUCCCCCAAAAAGGUGCUGAAUUUCUUGACUGAUCUUCAUGCAGCCUUUCGGAUGCUGAACCUUCGUAAUGACUUUUUGCGCAAAAAGUUUGAUGGCAUGAAGUAUGACUUGAAAAGAGUCGAAGAAGUUUACUAUGAUGUGAAGAUUCGAGGCUUAAUAGAUAGUGGGGAUUCUAAAGGAGAUCAAGGAAGCGAAGGACAAUCUUAAAUUGGGCUGUUUUUCACCACAUCGUCUAUGUGCAUGUUGUAGGACAAUCUGAAUAUACUGAUGCUAAAUGGUGUAUAAGUUGUGUUUUGGUUCAUUUAAGUAUGAAAAAUGCAAAGAUGUAAGAUGUUAUCAAUGCAUCAGUUCACAUGAAUUUUCCAGUUGCAUGUGUACAUGUAGCUUGUAAAAGUGGAACGAAAGCCAACAUGACUUUGCAAUCACAAGACUGGGUUUUUAGUCGUCA